UGUCAAGCAGAAGCAGUUGCAACUUGCAGUACGUUUAGUUGCAGUAAUAUUUCGCUGUUGUCAACAAAGAAGUUAAUGAUUUAGCUUUUUAUCAUUGUAAUUUUGUAUUGUAGUUGAAACAAAUUGCUGUACUUGUUAGUGUUUCAAGACUAUAACAAUUUACUUGAAAUUUUGCUAUAAAAUACACCUUUCAAGAAAUGAUUUUACGUUUAGUUUAACAUAAAAUAAACUCAAGAGAGGUUUCUAAAUAUUUGGUAAGGUUUAAUAAGGUAUUCAGAGCCUGAACUGUUAGAAAAUGGGAUAUUGUCUUCAAGACAUUGUCUCAUGGUACCAAAAGAAAAUUGGAACGUAUGACAAACAACCUUGGGAAAGAACUGUUGAACAACACAUACUGAGUGGCUUUACGCCAGUUCCAAAGAAGACUGCUAAAUUGAAAACUGAACUUAUAGACAUAGAUUUGAUAAGAGGCUCUUCGUUCACUAAGGCGAAACCGAAACAUGGGUUUCUGACUGUAAUCAGACUGGCUGUGCUGAGGUUGUUGUUCCUGCCACUUCAGUCAGCAUGGUGGGCUCAGCAGACCUCCUACAUUGUGUUUGGUGCCUUGCUGCUGCUCUACAUACUGCAGAUCGUCAACAUGAUCUUGUACUUCUACUUUUCUCCUCACCAAACCGAUGGUGAUGAAAUAGAGCAGCUGAGUGUAAGUGAAGUAUUAGUUCCUCUGGCAAUGAUGUUUGGGCUGAGUCUACUCCACUCCCAGAUCGUCUCUCCAUACUCCUGCGUGAACCAGUGUACCUCGAGCAGGAAAACUAGGAGGGCCAAGCGAAGUAAACGUCGUCCAGCUCCAAGCACAAGAUAUCGCUCUAAUAUAGGUUCCGACUCAAAGUCAUCCCCAGACACAGGAUCUGAACUGACAGCUAAUCAAGGCAGUAAAUGUAGAAAAAGGGUCAGGCUUCGAAACGUGUCUCCGGAAGACUCACUGUUUAACCACGCAAGGAAGGCUCCAACGAUGACGGUGGAAGUGAAGGAGCCAUACUGUGAAGAGUUGAGAUUCAUAUGCACUCCACCACCUGUCAGUGAUAGAGAGUCAGCGUCAGGGGAGGUGUCGUCAAGUCGGCCGUCGCAGGUAGAUGACGGGUUCGAGAGUCUCAACGGUAACGGGUCCAGUGACAACAACGAGGAGGAAGGCAACAAGUCUCACGGUAGUGACGGGGAUACCGGCCGAGCUGCAGCACCAGCGCCUGCGGGAGAUCCUGGGGAAACACAGGGGGAAGGUGUGUUGCAUGGUAGUCACAUCCCCACUUCCUCCCCCUUCAGUAGUGACCCAAACACGUCAGGUGGUAUAGGUGAGGCAGAUGAGACGGACCAAAAAGACACCGAUUCUGAGCCUUCCAGACCUCGGACUUCCGUAUGUUCUCAGAAGCUGCUAAACAGACGUCGAGGGUCUCUGCAAGCUCUCAACAUGAAGCUGGCCGAGAGCUCGUACUGUACCAGUGGCAAGAGUGACGGUGAGACUGUCUCAAAUCCAUCAACCACAAUACUUGAUCGUUUGUUGUUACAGAAGCUGCUAAACAGGCGUCGAGGGUCUCUGCAAGCUCUCAACAUGAAGCUGGCCGAGAGCUCGUACUGUACCAGUGGCAAGAGUGACGGUGAGAUUGUCUCAAAUCCAUCAACCACAAUACUUGAUCCUCUCAACAUGAAGCUGGCCGAGAGCUCGUACUGUACCAGUGGCGAGAGUGACGGUGAGACUAAGCUGCUAAACAGACGUCGAGGGUCUCUGCAAGCUCUCAACAUGAAGCUGGCCGAGAGCUCGUACUGUACCAGUGGCGAGAGUGACGGUGAGACUGUUCCGGACCUGACUACCAGCGCAGCCGAGUGGAUUGGCAUCACAACCAACAGCGAGGAAUGCAGUUACAGCUCUGACAUGGAUCAGGUCCAAACAACCAACAAUUCAGAGCUCACUGAUCAUCAUCCAUUUGCCUGGGAAUUCCAGAUUUCACCUGCUGCUAUACUGAGUCCAAGUUGUGCAUCUUCAGACAAAGUGAGCUGCACCAUGUGGGACAAGCGUGAAGUGAAGAAAGCAGAGCUCUCAGUUCUGGACAUCAGUUCUGCCAUCAUAGCACGAGUGGAAGGAAUGCCUGAGAAUCUCGAUUAUUUCUAUGGAGGCCUGUUCGCUGCAGUGUUAUUGGCUGCAGUCCCAAGUCUCUGCCGUCUGAGCACAUCCCUCGGUGAUGUCACAGUGGGAGGGACACCCCUCAAUGUUUCGUCACUGUUCUCUGUUCAGUCUCUCUCCGACUCUUUAGAUGCCAUCAUCGUGUCUGCCUUUGGGGCAUCUCAGUGGGAGAGAACUAUCAUAUUGAUAGGCAUGCUGGAGAGAUGUAUUCUAGGAGCCCUUUUCUUCUUUCUUCUGGCCGUUGCAGAGCGAACCUUCAAACAGCGCUUUCUCUAUGCAAAGUUUUUUUCCCAUCUCACAUCUUUUCGGAGAGCUCGCAAAUCUGAGCUUCCACAUUUUAGGCUAAACAAAGUGAGGAACAUUAAAACUUGGCUUUCAGUCCGGUCUUAUCUCAAGAAACGGGGGCCUCAGCGCUCAGUUGACAUCGUCGUCUCUGCUGCUUUUAUCAUCACUCUCUUGCUGCUAUCUUUCCUCAGUGUUGAGCUGCUUAAGGAUUCAGUUCACCUACGCUCUACCUACAACGUUGAAGCGCUUGCGUGGACUCUAGUCUUGGGUGUAUUCCUGUUACGCUUUAUGACUCUAGGAACUAAGAUUAACCGAAAGUAUCGCAAUCUCUCCGUUCUUAUAACAGAACAGAUUAACUUGUACCUGCAGAUAGAACAGAAACCCAAUAAGAAGGAGGAAUUGAUGGUGGCCAACAGUGUCCUCAAGUUGGCUGCAGAUCUACUUAAGGAGCUGGAGAGUCCAUUCAAGAUAUCUGGACUGUCAGCCAACCCCUACCUGUACACCAUCACCAAGGUGGUCAUACUCUCUGCUCUCUCGGGCGUGCUCUCAGAGAUGCUUGGGUUCAAACUUAAACUUCACAAAAUCAAAAUCAAGUAAUCACAUGUUUAAAUCGAAUGUUUUUAUUCGUUUGACAACUAUAAAUCAACAAUAACUCGUAACGUAGCCCAGUCUUUCGUAGUUAGUAACUUAAUUUUGCCAUCUGAUUUUUAGAUAAGUUUUGUUAUCGAUGUUAUAAGAUAGUUUAGAAAAUAAUAGCGAUCCACCAAUCCAAAUAGUGAAAUUGUUUGCGUUUUGUAUAAUUGAGGUUAUGUUAACUUUUAUGUGGUGCAGUGUUAUCGGGAUGAUUGAUGAAUCUAGGAUACAAUGAGUUCGCUAGUUUGAAAUCGAGUGCAUUAGUUAUUCACCAUGAAUAUGAAUAAUCUAUAAUUAUUGUGAUAUGGGUAGAUUAGGAUAGUAAUAGUAGCUAAUACCCAAGUAUAUCAUAAUGACAAGCUAUGUUCGACAUUGAUUCUUAUUUUUUAUUCCUAUCGACAGCUCAAUUUUUUAUGUUACUAGUAAAAGAUGUUUUAUGUUAGUGUUGGUAAGUUCAUUUUGUAGUACUAUAGAAUGAUCACAGUUUUGACAUAUUUGUAUUGUUUUUAGUGUUUUUCAAUUUAUUAUGUUACUAGUAAAAGAGAUGUCUUAUUUUAAUGUUAUUAAAUGUUUGUAGUAUCUAUUUCAUUAUAAUACCUUUGACACAUUUAUAUUUGUUUGAAAUUAUUCUGUGUCAUUUUUACGUACUUUGGUAUAAUUUUUAUGAGUGCUAAUAUGAUUGUUGUGAUUUUUUCCUAUUUACAAUAAUAUGUGGUGCAUUAUUUAAUUUUUAUUUAGCUGGUGCCUAGUUUGUAUUUUUUAUAGUAUAUUAUAAGCUAAAAAUCUAGUUUUGUUCAGUUAUUACUGUUGGGAAAUAGUCAUGCAUUUUAUAACAGUACAGUAAAAAUAUACAGUCAAUUUUUCGAUUAAUUGAGAUAACAAAAUGGAGGCCAUCUGCAGAUAGUGAAAAUGAUAGUUAACACGACUACUGCAGACACACCUUACAACUAUCCUGACAGUACAUGACUAGUGUCGCAGUGAAGAUGUUAACAACACAUACUGUAGCUAGGAAUUAUCAUAUUUUAACACAUUGACUGCGACGGACGCAGCAUACAACUAUCCUGACAGUACAUGACUAGUGUCACAGUGAAGAUGUUAACAACACAUACUGUAGCUAGGAAUUAUCAUAUUUUAACACAUUGACUGCAACGGACGCAGCAUACAACUAUCCUGACA